UUUUGACUUCUCUGCGCAAAAAAAGAAACAAGAAAAAGAGCCUAUAAAAAUUAUAAUAAAUAAACAUAAAAAUUAAAGCAAAAAAAAUCAACAAAAAACCCUCUGACCCUUCAAAAAAAAACAACAAAUUAAAGAAAAAUCAACAAAACCCCUCCUCUCUUCAACAAAAACAACAAAAAAACUAACAAAACUUAAUCAAAUUUAUUGUUGUUUUUUUGUUUAUCCAACAUUACCUCUUGUUUAUUUAUUAGUUUUUGUUGUUUGUUGCUAUUCUUUUGUUAAUUUUCGGUUGUGUUUUUUUGCUCUACUCAAAGGCCCAGUGUGAUUUCCUGUUGAUAUAAAACAAAUUUGAUAUCAAUGUUAUUGAAAACGUGUUUUACCAAAAUUUCUUAACACAUUUGUGGUGUUUUGUUUUUCUUUUGUUUUCUUUGCUGGAUUUCAAACUAAAAGUUUUUUCCUAUUACGAUAUUUUGGUAAAUUUACACAGUUUUGAAAUAAUAUUCAAAACUAAACGAGCAUAGCCAAACAUUUCUUAAAACGAGGUGUUCAAAUAAACAGCUUCAAGAUUUCUUACAAUAUAUUAAAGACACCAGAGACAAAAGAAAACGCAUUUAAAAUGCGUUUCGAACCACUGGGACAGAAAAUGUUUACGCGACGCAAUUGGCUGCUAAGAUGCAGUAUAUUGAUAAAUAUAGCUGUGAUUUUAUACAUAUGCAGUCAUGUAAUGAUUGGCAACAGAUAUACCUUUACGACAGGCUCACAAUUAUUUAUACAAGAGCAGCAGACGCAAAGUCAACAGCAGACACAGCAGGGUAUGGUAAGAGAAACCCUAGGGAAAAGUGAACAAUUAACUUAUAACGGUGAAGAAAAGAGUCCAGCUGAACAGCCAGCACCGCCACACAGUGAUAGUGGUGGUGGUGCUCCCUCUGAUUUGCAGCAAUCUAACAAAGAUGCUGAUGCACCGGAAAUGGAUCCAAAUAUAGGCGAUCCAGCCGCAGUUAUUGGUAAUAUUGCUCCCGGCGGCAAUAACUAUCUAAAUAAUACCCAAAGCGAAGCCGCUGGCAGUUAUAUUGUCACUGGCGAUGAAAAAGACUUUGAUGAACGUUUGCGUAGCAUCCUGAAAUGCUAUGACAAACCCUACGAACCCGAAACUCUACAGCGUGGAGACUUUUGGGUAUUGAAAAAUUAUGUUCGUGCCGAACAUGGUGAACUCAAGUGCCAUGAAUCUAUAACCUAUACUACACAUGCAGAUUAUACAUUUUUAGAUAAUUUAAUACCCCUUUUGGAAAGAUGGAAUGCUCCUAUUAGCAUAGCUAUGCAUGCACCCGGUACUGACUUCCAACCCACUUUAGAUGCCAUCAAAUAUUUAAGAGACUGUUUACCCGAAAGUAAUCUGGUGCGCUCCUAUGCCACAUUUCAUGUUUACUUUAGCACCAAACAUAUCCCCAAAUCAAUACCCAAACCAUCAGAUGCUUUAAAAAUGGGCUACAACUGUUCACUGCCCGCACCCUAUGUUAACCAGACAUCGGGCCAUUUGUAUAAGGCCCAAAAGAAACUUUUGUAUCCGGUUAAUGUGGGUCGUAAUAUAGCACGUGAUUCGGCUAUAACACACUUCAUUUUGGCCUCCGACAUAGAAUUGUAUCCAAAUCCGGGUUUGGUGAAAAAAUUCUUAGAAAUGAUUGCACGUAAUGAGCAGUAUUUGCAGAGAAAGUCACCACGUGUUUUCCCGCUCUCCAUAUUUGAAGUGGAUGAAAGUAGUCCAGUGCCACGUGAUAAAACCGAAUUGCAAGAGUUCCUGCGUACCGGCAAAGCCAUACCAUUCCACAAGCGUGUAUGUGCCAGUUGUCAUGGUGUGCCCAAGUCCAAAGAAUGGAUGGCCGCCAAUGAGACAGAUGAGUUAAGUGUCUUCCAUAUUGGAAAAAGAACGGGCUAUUUUGUACAUUGGGAGCCUAUUUAUAUAGGCACAAAUGCAGAGCCCCACUAUGAUGAGCGUUUAAGUUGGGAGGGUAAAAGUGAUAAAAUGACACAGGGCUACGCCUUGUGUGUCCUAGACUAUGAAUUUCACAUAUUGGACAAUGCCUUCCUGGUACAUAAACCGGGCAUUAAGGUAUUAAAGAAAGACACACGUCGCGCCAUGUUGGCGGGCAAAACAAAUCAACUGAUACGUAAAAUCAUCUAUCCGGAAUUGAAAAUUAUGUAUGGUACACGAAAUGGCUGCGCUGUAUAGUGGUUGUUUAAGCAUAAAAGUUGAAAAACUUUUCAUGCUCAGUGUAAUUUAUGGACGCGUUGUUUAUCCCUUAAGAAUUUUAAUUUUCCUUGGUGGCAACAUAGUGGUUUUUUCUACAAUUUAUGGCAAGUGUUUGGAAAGAAGUAAGUUCUAUUAUUAAGUAAAUUAAAAUAAAAAAAAUUCCAACAGUUAAAAAUGGCAAUAAAUAAAACGGCAAAGUAACAUUCUCUUUAAAGUAAAAUAAAUUUAAACUACAUUUAUGUGGGGUUAGUAUUUUCUUAAAGAAAAUAAUUGAAAUUAAAUUUAAAGGCUUGUUACUUUGCCUUUUCUUAAAACUCUGAUGUCACCAUAUAUAACAUUUUUGAACUUUUUAAGGGAUUUAAAAUAUAAAAUUUAAUUUAAUGAUUUUAACACAAAAAAGACUAUAAAGUAAUUUAAAACAAAGUAAAGACACAAAAUAUUAAAAAAAAGUAUAUAUAAAAUUAAAAAAAAAAACUUAUUUUUGUAAAAACGCAAGGUUUUAAGCCAAAAAACCUUUAAAAACUAAUAUUUAGAUAACAUGAAAAAAUGGAUUUGAUUUCAGUUAAAAAAAAACAAAAUUGUAAAAUCGUAACACAAACAAACUGAAGACCAUAUAUUUUUUAAUUAAAAUCGGCUUUGAAAGCAAUAUUAUUUUAAUUUCUACAAAACAAUUUUUAUUUAGUAUUUAUUUAAAUUUAUAAAAAUUAUUAAUUAAUUUCAAGACGAAAUUAAACGUUACACAGAUGUGUUAACAUUUAAAAA